GUUCAAAAUUCACUUUACAAAAAUUAUAUCAAUAUGUUGAAUAAAUUUAAACAAAAAAUUGCUUUUAUCAUACAUAAACCAUUAGUAUUGACUUGUUUGGGUGAAUUCUUCGGUACAUACAUUUUAAUCACCAUUGGUCUGGGAACAGUGAUGCAACGUGUUCUAAGACAUCAGUUCAGUGACAGCAAUGAUAAAGAUUAUAGUUAUUUAACUCUACCGACUGGAUGGUCUACAGCAUUCAUCCUUUCUCAAUUAUUUCCAGUGUAAUUGGUUAUGGUAGUAUGAAUCCAGCGACAACCUUGUCAUUUACAAUAAUCGGUCGAAUCCCACUGCGCUACUUAUUCCCCCUGACUACAGUUCAAUUGAUUGGAUCAUUCUUCUCCAGCCUAGUUCUAUUUAUAACCUAUCGUGAAAGUAUUAUCGAUGGGAAUAAAAACUGUCUUCCUACUUCCGUUGAUGAUGAUGAUGACGAUGUCAUCAGUUUAUUUGUCUUAACUCCAUCUGCAUCACAUUAUGUCUGUUUUAUUGAUCGCGUUUUUGUGAGUACGCUUACUACACUAUUUGUUUUAUUAUUACGUGAUAAGCGGAACCAUAAAAUAUCUCGACGAUAUCGAUGUGUAUAUAUGGCAAUAUUCACAACUGGUCGAAUAGGUGCAUUGUCAAUGAAUGCUGGUACUUCAGUGAAUCCAACACGUGAUUUAGGCCCAAGAUUGGCGAUUGCUGUUUGUGGUUGGGGACUAAAUGCCUUCAAGGCGAAUAAUUAUUACUUUUGGAUACCAAUUGUAGCACCAUAUUUAGGUUCAAUUAUUGGUGCGAUUCUAUACAAAAUAACUCAUUGUCAAAGUCAAUUUGAAUAAUUUAAAACAAAAAAGAAGAAAAGGGCGGCAAAGGUGAAUCACAAAAGAAACGAAACUGUUCAAUGUUCACUGGUCGAAAUUCAAUUUUAACUCAUUUAAACAAUAUCGGUGCAAAAUAUAUUCAAAUGAUAUCAUAAAAAAACACUUACUCAAGGAAAUAAUAUAAUUUUACAAUAUGAAUGUACUUUUAAUUAUUAUGACAUGAUAUCUUGAUUAUUGUCGUAAGAUGACAAGAGUAAACG